AUGGAUCAUAAUAUUGCUGAAGUAUCAAAGAAUUUACUAGAACAAUAUUCUGAUGUAUUGAAUACGGUACCAAUCUUCGUUGAAGGGGAGGGUGAUUGUUUAUUUCAUGCAUUUCAAGUCUUUUAUCCUCAAAUGUCGGGUGAUGAAUUUCGUGUUAAAACUAUUAAUGAAUUGUUUGAUGACGAGACAUUCGAAGAACAUGUUAAACGAAUCAUAAAUAAUGAUCAGCACAGUGGGAUUCUGACAAUAAGUACAUUAUCCUCAGUAUUAAAUCGUGAAAUACAAUCAAUAUAUCCGAAUGUUAAUGACAAUGAUGCAUAUUUUAAGAUUCUAAAUAGAUCUUUUCAUCCUAGAACAUGUGAUGAAUCAUUUAUUAAUGAUACAUCGUUAAGAAUAAUGUGGUCAGGACCAGAACCGAACGAUGAUCAUAUAUGGAGAACAAAUCAUUUCGUACCAUUACUUUCCACAAAACAAUAUCAUGAUUCCUCAUUACGUCAACCAGCAACAAUAACAACACAAUCAUUAGGCAAAGAAGAUAAUGGAAUCGUACGGCAAGGUACACAUGGUAAAUAUUAUUAUAACGAAAGAAAUGGUAGAAAAUAUGUACCUCAUAUUGUACAAGAAAACGAUGUUGUAAAACUUAAUAGAUUCUAUGCCACGAAUAAAUCAGAUCCAAAUUUACGCCGUAUGAUUUGUUACACCACCAAAAAUAUAGAUACAGAACAUCUUCCAAUAUUUUUACAAUAUAUUUCACCGACCUCAUUGAUUCAAACACCAGUAAUAAUGCCUUAUGGAAAUUCAACGAAAUUAUCUCGACCGUUUACAUCUACUGAACCAAGUUUGGAUACGACUUUCAAUUUAGGUCGUUGUUUUGUUACCCCACAUUUAAACUGUACACGUCACGUACGACAAAAUAUUGAACGUCAGUUAAUUAAAAUACAAGUUCCAGAAGAUGAUCGACAAACAUUACUGGAAACAAUCUUCGAUUUACCAGAAUCAUUAAUUCAAGCUGCUGAUGCUGAUGAAUUUGAGAAUAGACUGGUUGAUUUAGAUAUUUGGAACACAAUAAACAACAAUAAUUUAGAUAAUUAUCCAAAUACAACAGACUAUCAUGAUUGGUUCAUAACAUAUGAAGCAGAGAAUUUUCAACAACAUUUGAUAGCUGGUGUACGAAACGCUGAUGGGUAUGUCAAUCAAGAUGGUUCAUCACCUCUUUUUUAUAACAACGACAAUGAAGCAAUCAAUUUCGCCUUAAAAAGUGAUACUAACUGGGAUUUAAAGCCAUUCUCGGCUUUAGUUGUUAUCCUGAAUAAAUUAAUAACGGCUGAAAAAAAUGAGACAGUACGAAGUAUUCAUGAAGGAGGUGAAUUCGAACUAGUAGCCCUGUAUACAAGGUAA